AUGCUUUUUUCUAAAGAGACACUUAGGGCAUUUGCGCAGUCAAGGGGAAUCUCAAGCAUAGACGACGAUGCCUUGAGAAUACUGUCGCAGGAUUUGGAGUACAGAAUUAAGGAACUCUGCCAAGAGGCUUCAAAGUUCAUGGUUGUAUCUCACAGAACGAAGCUAAAUAUUGGGGAUGUCAACAAUGCAUUAAUAAGCAGAAAUGUAGAGCCUCUUUUUGGAUAUGACUCAAAUGAUACAUUGGUUUUUAGAGGACUUCCUUCGGGGUUCUACUGUGUUCCGGACGAAGAAAUCGAUCUUGAGGAAUACCUCGAAAAACCACUUCCAAAAAUCCCUCUUAAACCGUAUGUCCAAAGCCAUUGGCUUGCAAUUGAAGGUGUGCAGCCCCCAAUCCAACAGAACCCUAUUCUAAUUGAGAAGCCAGCUGCCAAGCAGGAUAGUCUGUCCAUGUAUCAAGAGGAUCUUGAGCUUAAGCAGCAGAACAAGCACUUACUCACAAAAGAACUGUCCAUGUACUUUGAAAAAAUACUACAAACUAUGGAAACUGAUCCAGAAACAGCCAUUUCGUGUCUUCUAAAUGAAACAGGCAUUCAACAACUUGUACCGUAUUUUCUUCACCACUUCAAGCUAGUAAUUAGAAAAAACUUUGAAAACGAUGAAUUACUGGCCGUAAUCGUAAAGAUGUAUGGCAGUCUACUCAAAAACAAAUAUAUUUUUAUAGAUCCAUAUUUACAUGAAAUUCUCCCGCCAUUGUUGUCUUGUGUUGUUGGAAAGUCAAUAUCGGAAGAAGCCAGACGACUGGCAACUGAUCUGAUAAAGUAUAUCUUCGAUGUAUUUAGUCCAAAAUAUAAAAGUUUACCUUCUAGAAUUGUUAGCUUUUUGCUUAAGGGAUGGCUAGACGAUUCAAAGCCUGAGAGUGUACAGUACGGCGCGCUCUUUUGUCUCAGCAUCCUAUCUGACAAUGUAAUCAAGGAGUGUGUUGUGCCUAACAUCGAGAAAUAUACAUCAAACAGGGCAUCAGUCAAUGAUCUUUUAGACCAAGUCCUCAAAAAGAUUAAAUGA